UCAGUUAGUAGCUGACUAGAUCAGGGAAAAGCCUCAAGGUUGUGGAGCAAUGGUCCCCAUCACCAUUAGACUGAAAUAUUUUAUUUAAAUUUUUCAGUACAGAUUACAUCUAACAUCCUGGUUGUUUUGGAGGAUGGCUACAAGAGACACAGAGGUAAUCAGGAACCCAGAGGCUUCAGCGUUGGCUUCCCUUCUCAGUGGCAUUUCUGGUGUCCACCUCAGGAGUCUCCUUGGCCAGCCUUGAUAUACUCAGAAAUUAAACAAAGGAUCCACUGCACAUAUUCUUCUUGAAAAUUUUCAUCAUAUAUGUUCAGAACUUACCAAAUAAGCAUAAGGAUUUGAAGGUACUAACAGAGUGAGGGACCGGCCAAAAGCACAGCAGUAAGUGUGGAGAGGCCAUGGAAUAUCCACCAACCAGAUAAUCGUCUCUGGAGUAACUGGAAGCAUCUGAAUGUAGGCUACAGGAGUCCUGAAGGUUGAUGGAGGGCCAUGCUAUUCAAACAGCAGGCGUGGCUGAGACAGAAGCUCCUGGUGCUGGGAAGCCUUGCCGUUGGAAGUCUCCUGUAUCUAGUCGCCAGAGUUGGGAGCUUGGAUAGGCUACAACCCAUCUGCCCCAUCGAAGGCCGAUUCGGAGCCCGUGGUCAGGCUGAAUUCCCCCUGCGCGCCCUGCAGUUUAAGCGUGGCCUGCUUCACGAGUUCCGGAAGGGCAACUCUUCCAAGGAGCAGGUACACCUUCAUGACCUGGUCCAGCAACUUCCCAAGGCCAUUAUCAUCGGAGUGAGGAAAGGAGGCACCAGGGCCCUGCUUGAGAUGCUGAACCUCCAUCCAGCAGUGGUCAAAGCCUCUCAAGAAAUCCACUUUUUUGACAAUGAUGAAAAUUAUGCCAAGGGCAUUGAGUGGUAUAGGAAAAAGAUGCCUUUUUCCUACCCUCAGCAAAUCACAAUUGAAAAGAGUCCAGCAUAUUUUAUCACAGAGGAGGUUCCGGAAAGGAUUUACAAAAUGAACUCAUCCAUCAAGUUGUUGAUCAUUGUCAGGGAGCCAACCACAAGAGCUAUUUCUGAUUACACUCAGGUGCUAGAGGGGAAGGAGAGGAAGAAUAAAACUUAUUACAAGUUUGAGAAGCUCGCCAUAGACCCUAAUACCUGCGAAGUGAACACGAAAUACAAGGCAGUAAGAACCAGCAUCUACACCAAACAUCUGGAAAGGUGGUUGAAGUACUUUCCAAUUGAGCAAUUCCACAUUGUUGAUGGAGAUCGCCUCAUCACGGAACCCCUACCAGAACUUCAACUCGUGGAGAAGUUCCUAAAUCUUCCCCCAAGGAUAAGUCAAUACAAUUUGUAUUUCAAUGCUACCAGAGGGUUUUACUGCUUGCGAUUUAACAUUAUCUUUAACAAGUGCCUGGCGGGCAGCAAGGGGCGCAUUCAUCCAGAGGUGGACCCCUCUGUCAUUACCAAAUUGCGCAAAUUCUUUCACCCUUUCAAUCAAAAAUUUUACCAGAUCACUGGGAGGACAUUGAACUGGCCCUAAAAUAAUAAGUCAUACAACACUGUGUGUUGUGCCUGGAGACAGACAAUGUCUCUUCUAGAUUAAAAUAUGCACUUUUCCUAGACACAACUGUCCACAUCAUUUUUCCAUGUAUACUUGUACAUACGCAAUGUGUGACCAAAUAUAAGAUCAGCUCUUUUUCUACUUAAAAUUUACAAAAAAAAACAAAAAAAAACACCAAUUUGCGGUCUACAUAGUUGCAUCUUUUAUGCUAUUUACAAAAAGAAGAGGUGGUGGUACUGGGAAAAAGUGACUUCAGCUAUUCUCAAAGAGUUAGUCUUCCUUCGAGUCAGGAUUUGUCGCCUGCCAUUUUCAUAGAUUUAAGCCAAAAGAUGAACGUGUGAAAAUGUACCAAUGGCUGUGAAGUUUCAGGAAGUAGAGGAUUCAGUUAUGCAUACUUUUCUAAGGGAAAGCUGACUCUUUAAUUCAGCUGCUGAAUUGAUGCCAUGAAAACAGAAAAUACUAUUUUCUUAUUAUUUAAAAGAAUCUUAUCUCAUAAAAUUGACAUCAUUCCAAAGUUCCUGUGGUGAUUUUGCACUAUUGUUUUCUCGUAUGGACCAUGGUGUCACUCGUAGCAUGUCAAUCACACGUCGGAAAGUGGAGUCCUUUUGCUUCCAUGUUCUAUGUCAACAAAGAGAAAUGUCAUGUACAUAAUGUAUAUAGUUGUAAAUACUGCUUUCACACUAAGUAAUUCUAUUUUGUAAACUGAAUAUGGCUAUUUAAUUUAUUGUGAAAAUUAAAUUUAUUGUGGUAUUUAAAAAAUGGAAUGGAUUAAAAUUACUCUAUGUGCAA